AUGAUUUUUCAUAUACCUUUGAUUAUAAGUGUCCAGUUGGGCCGAGAAGCGCCGAGCGAGGCAAAUUGGCCCCACCCAAUUGUUGAUUCUGCUGCGAAUUCUGUUGAAUUGAAGCAGACCCACCAAAAUUCAUUUGCCCAUAUAAGCCCUGUUGUUGUUGAAGCUGUUGCUGCUGCUGCCUCAAAACGCUACCGUAUUGGUUCUGUUGUUGUUGAAUUGGUUGUUGUUGUUGAGAAGGGAGGGAAGGUGAAGCAGAGAUUUGGGAGUGGUCAAGUGAAGAAGAGGAAGAGAUUUGUGAAUUUUGAGGUUGCUGCUUGUUGUGAUUGUGGCUGUGACGACGGGUUUAUAAUUGAAUUUGGAGAAGGCAGAGGUUUAGGGGAAGAUGCUGCUGCUGCAUUCUCAGCCAUGGAUUGGAUUGGACUGGACUGGAAUAAAAAUUAUGGAGCUUGCAAAGUUAAGAGGAAGGGAGAGAGGAAAGAGGAGAAGAGGAUUACUCAAGUGUACCCUGAUAAGCAGAGGGAAUGA